CCAGAGCGGCUCCGCUUCCGCCUCCGGUGCCGCCAUUUCGCCGUGAGACAGCACCGCUGGCGAUGUUGUCCGCAGCGGGAUACGGGCCCUCCCGGCCUGAGAUGGGCUAUGAGCUGGACGGGCCCGUACAGCAUUACCGCUUCUCGCCCUACACCUUCAACGGAGGGACUGUGCUGGCGAUUGCUGGGGAAGACUUUUCUAUUGUUGCCUCUGACACGCGGCUCAGUGAAGGCUAUGCAAUUCACUGCCGGGACAGCCCAAAAUGCUACAAGCUAACAGAACAAACAGUCAUUGGAAGCACUGGUUUCCAUGGUGAUUGCCUUACCCUUACUAAAAUUAUUGAAGCGAGAUUAAAGAUGUACAAGCAUUCCAAUAACAAGACCAUGACUACUGGGGCUAUUGCAGCAAUGCUGUCUACAAUCCUGUAUUCUCGACGCUUCUUUCCAUACUAUGUUUAUAACAUAAUUGGUGGACUUGAUGAAGAAGGAAAGGGAGCAGUAUAUAGCUUUGAUCCAGUGGGCUCAUACCAGAGGGAUUCUUUCAAAGCAGGUGGAUCAGCAAGUGCCAUGCUGCAACCUUUACUGGAUAACCAGAUUGGCUUCAAGAACAUGCAAAAUGUGGAACACGUACCUCUGACCCUGGAAAAGGCUUUGCAGCUGGUUAAGGAUGUCUUUAUUUCUGCUGCUGAGAGAGAUGUGUACACUGGGGAUGCACUUAAGAUUUGCAUUGUCACAAAAGAUGGAAUUAAAGAGCAAAGUAUCCAAUUGCGAAAAGACUAAUUCAGUUCCCUUAUAAACAAGUAUUCUAUAAUGUACAAUUUACCUGUGUUAUGAAGACAUUGGUCUUAUUAAAUUUUUUCAAGAAGUUCAA